CUCUUUACUUGGCUCGGAUCGACUGCGGAACACGCUACCGACCCCGGAAAAUCAAGUACUAGUAUGUUAAAUUUACAUCGAGAUCGAGAGUCGCCAUUUUUACAUGAUAACAAACUGCACCACUAGGACUGGUGCCAGUGGUGGUGUUUAAACGAAUCUCAAAGGCAAGAAUACAGAAUUUUGAAUAAUGACAAAACAGAAAAUAAUAAUUGACUGCGAUACUGGGGUGGACGACGCUCAAGCCAUCAUGAUGGCGCUUUCCAGACCAGACAUUGACGUCAUCGGUAUCACGUGUGUAAACGGAAACGUGGAUAUUGAAAACGUCUGCAGAAACACCCUGCGUGUUCUCAAGAUAUGCGACGCCCUACAUAUUCCUGUGUUUCGAGGAUGUGGAAGACCCAUCAUACACCAUGAAGAAAAUGCUUCUUUUUACCACGGCAUGGACGGCAUGGGAGACCACCCACACCCACCGGAAGUUGAUUUAUCUUGCAUUCAAGAGGAACAUGCCGUGAAUGCAUUGAUCAGACUCACUAAAAAGUUUAACGGAGAGGUGAAGUUACUGGCCAUGGCUCCUUUGACAAAUCUUGCCGUAGCUCUGCGCAUGGACCCUGGAUUUGGGGCUCGCCUAAAGAGCUUGGUGGUCAUGGGAGGAAACAUGCACGGUAAGGGAAACAGAUCUGCCUCCAUUGCUUCGGAGUUCAACUUUGGCACCGACCCGGAAUCAGCAUACAUUGUUUUGCAUGAAGUGACAUGUCCAAUUGUCAUAGUUUCCUGGGAGCUGUGCUUAGAUUAUCUGUAUCCUUGGGAAAUGGUCCAUAAGUGUAUUAAUACAAAUACACCAAAGGCAAAUUUUCUUCAUUUUAUAACUAAAGCAUCAAUAGAGGUACAGAAAUCAUCGGAACAGCCAGGAUACCGCUCAUGUGACGCCUUUGCAAUGGCAGUAGCCAUUGAUAGUUCUAUAGUGUUGGAUAAAGUGGACAUAUAUGCGUCCGUUGAACUAAAUGGGACGUUGACUCGUGGAAUGCUCGUCCCUGACUGGAGGAACAAGCUGCAAAAAUCACCAAAUGUUACCAUAGUAACGAAAACUGACACCCAGAAAUCAUUGGGCCUUUGGAUGAAUAUGGUUCAUGUAUAAGAAAAGCAGAUCGAUGUACUGUAUCAUAACGCAUUGUAUAUUUCAAGAAGUUGAUGUAAACAAAUUACAAUUUAAAUACAAGAAAUAGGGUGUCUUGAAUAUUGAGAAAAAAAUAUAAGAUCGAUAUCAAUUUUACUGUUAAUGUUAAUUAUUCAGUCUAACGUUCGUAUAUAUUAUUCAGAUAAUUUAUUAUUCAGAUAUGUAUUUUAUUAUGGUUUGCUCUCGGGAUUCUUAUAAUUUUUAUAUUAGACAUCAUUGAGGAUCAAUUUCCCACACUUCAUUUUGAUGUACCGAUUGUUUUGAAAUAGCAGGUAUUUCCUUUAUACCCCAAUUCGAAAUUUUAAAAAAAAACCCAUUUAAUUUGCUCGUUGCAUUAAGAUUAAUUCAAAUGCUUCCGCGAACUAUCAGUCCUUGUUAAACCCGAAAUGGCGUUUUCUUCCUGUUUCGUGCAGUGUUGUAAUUGAAGUCUUAAUUUAGUCGCUUUAUAUUUGCGGUUUAGAUAGCAAAAUGGCGUCGAAUGUGAGGUAAGUGUGAACCUGGUAGGAUUGUACCACAUUUCAUUUGAUAUCCAUCCAUUUUUCGGAAAUGAAAUGAGUUUAAAUUUGUUAGAGUACUGAUGGCUAGGUCACAGACAUAUAAUUAAGUCCCGAUAAGAUAGGAAAUAUGCUGAGAUUAACAUUGUUUUAGUAUGUUUGAUAAAAUUUUACUCGUAAUAAUGAUGAAUAAAUAAAUUCUAUUAGGGUUAGUGUAUGGUCCUUUGGAGAAAGGUUCUGAUAUGUUGUAAUAUUCGGGUUUUUCCACCUGCUUAUUAUGCUAUAUAUUCCUUCAAACCCUAUUUCACUUGGAACAGAAGCAUUUUUUCCAAUAAUAAUCAUAUUUGGUCAAUAAUUUAACUUUUUAAAAGAAACAUUUAAGUCUCAGAACUCUUGUUAACCCCGAGCAGGAUAUACCUUUUUCUAUUAGUAUUCCUGUGCAGAAAACCUAAACAAAAUUAAAUCAUUACUUAGCCUACUUCCUUUAAUUGGUAAUUGAUCUGAACUUUUUCAAUUUUUAAGUUAAUGGGUGAAUUACUUGCGGGAUUAUCAUUUCUAUCGAUAUUUAUUUACAAUUAUUAUUAUCAUAUUUUUUUAUUUAGUUACACAAUUUAACAUUCUAAAUAUAGACCUACAUAUACCAUUAUCAUAGAAAACCUUACAAUCGCGCAUGUACGUAUAGUUUGCAAUAUGUAAAAGCUACUACUUUUUUUUUUUUAAAUUGGGACGUUGAUAUUUAAGAAUGUACGAUGUAAUUUCUGUAUGGGUUUUUACGUUUCAAACACUUACUUUAUGGAUGAUACGUAAUGAGCAAAUUUAUUUACAAUCACGCGCUUGCACCAUAAUCGUUUUAAUGACAGACAUUGAAAAUAGCUUUGUGGACAUAUGAAAUAUAAGUGCAUGUAAACAUGUCUAAGCCAAAGAAUCGAUAAAAUCAUUUUGGUCAAGCAUUUCAAAGCUAAAAAAUACUAGUAUUCAGGUUGAUGUUAACAUGAUUUUGAUAUGAUGGCCCUUUAUGCGUUAUUUUUCUUUACACAUCUGUAUCAUUUCAGCUAGUUCGUUUUAAAACAUGGUGGCCUUAAAGGAACUCGUAAAAGCCCUCAUCCUGCAACCUCUUUCUGUGGGGAAUACCCGGCAGUCAGGUGGACGCAGGAUAACUGAUGCCAAUGUGUCGUCUGCUGUUCUCUUUGCUUGUCUAUUGGCCAUUAUAUUAGUCAUGGUAGGCGUCUUCGGACCACUGUCUACCACCUACAAUUUUGCAAAACAUUUAAUGUGGGGCCUAGCAAUUGGUCUAAUAUUACUGAGCCUUAUUUGCAUAGUGUUUCUGACUGUGAUGAUUUUUCGAAAUAAGGAGGAUUGGGUUGACAUCCGCUCUGAAAGCCCCGAUCCGGCAACAAAAGUGAAGACAAAAUUUCUCUGGUUAUUUGGUUGUGGGAUGAUAUUGCAAACUUCUCUUGUUUUCGCUAUCAAUAUAGAGUGUCUAAGCGAUGACACUUUGGUUGCUUAUCAUGGAUUUAGUUUGAUAUCGUCAUUGCUGAAAGUGAUAUAUGUAGUAUGGCAAAUGGGAUUUGUGACAUACCUUCAGAACUCGGUAUUUGUCAGCAGGAAGAUGGUGAACUAUUCGGUAGCUGUGAUGAUUAUCUGUAAUUUGUCAUUAUGGGGCACUAUCGUAUCUCAUGAAAUCACCCAUAUAGUGUAUAAUGACACCAAACCGCAGACUUUUAACGAUUCACUUGAUCAGACGUGUUAUUUGAAUUCGGCAAUUAACAAGUUCUCGGAUAAAAUCCAGCCAUACCUGAUUCCUGUUAGAAUUGAAUACCUGCUCCUAUCAUCCUUAUUUGUGUUCAGAAUGUGGCCAACAUUUCGGGUUGCUGAGCCGCUCAAUUCGGAUGUUGCUUCAUCUUUGUCCUACAAUCACGAGAGAGAACGAAUGACUUUCAUUGGCGCGGCUGUGUCCGGAUCAGUAACGAAUCUUCCAUUUUUUAUUCAAACGUUGUUGUUGGCCACCGUAUAUCGGGGACAGCAGAGCUUCGGAUUUGAAGUUUGGCAGAUCAUUGUCUCCAUUCAUAACAUUAUCAAUCUGAUUCUUAUUUUCGUAUGCUUUUAUCUAUUACGGAAAACAGCGCACGUGAAGACUUACAUAUGGCAACCGGGUGCUUCCGAGUACAUAUUGCUUCUGACUAAUACAGGUCAGGUUGCUGACGAUGCCUUCGGUGUAAUUGCUGCUAGCGGUUGCUACUGUAGCCCAGACAGAGCAGUUCAAAUGGCUGAAGUUUCAUCCAUUCUUCAAGCCUUCUUUCAGACAAUUUUCAUCUUGAAUUCACUACGUUACGAACAAAUAACAGUAAACUUGUCCUCACGGAUCUUGCGAUUUAUUUUGAUCUACCUCUUUAUAUCUAACCUUAGUUUCUGGUUCACAGCAACAUUCAUCGGGCUUGAUGGAAAAGUCAUUUCAGAGGGCCAAAAUGUAAUGUUCAAGGAUAAAAAGACUUGGGGAGUUCUGCAAGUCAUAGUGCAUCCCCUGUUUAUGUUCUUCCGUUUCCAUUCAGCGAUGUAUUUAUACACCCUUUUUCAUAGAUUUUCAUAGAUGCGUAUAUCAAGUAAUUUGAAAGAAUUUUACCAAACCGAUUUUCGUACAAGUACAUGUAAUUACUAUGAUGUUUUUUUUCAGGGAACAAAUGAACAAAGAUUUUUUUUUUCUAUAUCAAGGUAUUGGGAAACUUGUUAUUGUAGAGCUUAAUAUUAGUGUUUUAUAUCACUUUAAAACAAUUAAAAUGGAUUUUCAAUAAAUUGCUUACUACUUAUA